GUGGCUGACAUGGAUGGGUGCUAACAUCUCUAUGAAAAUGAAUACGUUUAAUUAUGUAUUGUCCAGUCAAAUAUUUUUCUUCAUGAUGGUCUGUAACGUAAUAACACACGUUGCGUUUUUUUAAUUUCUAGGGAAAGACGCAAGUUAGCUAAUGAGGACAGGAAGAGCUGCAGGAUGAUAUGUUGUUGCGACAUAAUCAGUUAUUAGCAUAUACACAGAUUUUAUUCUGUUUGUAUGAUCUUCAUUCAUUUGUAUAAUAAGUAUUUAGCAGUACUGUGAUCAGCAAGAGGGUUUAACGCCUCGUACACUCGCCGUAAUACGCCAUGGAUCAACAUGACCGCAGAGCUCCACACAGAGACCAGCAGCAGCAAGAGUCUGUUUCUAAAAGAUCCAGUGACUCCAGCAGCGAUUAUAACACUCAGAAACGACACAGAGCCUCUGGUGAGCAACAUACUCUGUCCACUCACAGACAGCGGUAUGAGAGGAACUUCCCCUUGUACAAGCAGCCUGUGGAAGUGGGCUUCUUCUCUCUGGACUCCAAGAGGAACUUCUUCAACGAUCAGCGGCAGCUGAGAUAUUAUAUUCAGCCUAAAAAAUGUCCAGAGUUCAAUUUAAGGGAUGGAUACACCAACCGCUUCAUUAAAAGGGACGACGGAGUGAAAGAGAAGCUUGAUCAUAUAUUGAAGUGGAUCCUGGAAAACAGAGACCAGAUCCAAAUCAGAGACUCGCAAUCAUCGUCCAGUUGUCCGUUAGGUGUAGACUUUGUGACAUGGAGAGGACACUUAACCAAGUUGCUGACCACCCCAUAUGAGACUCAAGAGGGAUGGAUGCUGGCCGCAUCAAGGUUUGGAGGCACCAUCUACAUCAGUGAGGUGGAGACAGAAGCCGCUCGAGUGAACCGAGAGAACCGCUCAGAACGACAUGAGGAGAUGAUGUACUGGGGUUACAAGUUUGAGCAGUACAUUUGCGCAGAUGAUGUUGAUGGUGCUCCAGACCCAGGGGGAGUCGUGAACACAAAUGAGGCAUUCUGUACGGUGGUUCAGACCCGUUUGGCCGAUCACAAGCUGCUGUUCUCUGGGGAGGUGGACUGCCGCAUCAAAGAUUCUGAUGCUCCUCCGGCUCCAGCUUGUUAUGUAGAGCUCAAGACCUCUGCAGAGAUCUGUACCCCAAAACAGCGCAGCAACUUCCACAGAUACAAGCUGCUGAAAUGGUGGGCACAGUCAUUUCUUCCUGGGGUGCCGCAGAUAGUCGCUGGGUUUCGAGACCAUGAUGGAAUAGUGGUUUCUGUUGAGGCAUUCCAAACCUCAAAAAUAUCACAAUUGAUCAAGAAUGAGCAUAACUGCUGGAAGCCAACAGUCUGCAUGAAUUUCUGCAAUGAUUUCUUGUCCUACGUCAAAUCAGUUGUCCAAGAAGAUGACCCAAGGUUGGUGUACCUGUUUGCAUGGGAUCCUCACAGAGAUGUGACCUACACAGUCCACAGAGACUCCCAGUACACUUUCCUACCAGAGUGGUAUGUGCAGGGCACGAGGAGUCACCACUCACUGACCAAUUGAACUCAAUUGAGCAUACUGAAUUUACAAAGUGUGUGGUACCACAAUCAGAUCUUGAUUGUAGAGGAUGUACAGAACUUGCUUUUUUUCUCUGGAUGGUUUUACCUAAUGAGGGGGGGUGGUGGGGGAUGUGUUUAUUGAGAUUUGCUGUCGAAAUAUACUUUUUUUUAAAGAAUCAUGAAAUGUAGUUAGAAACAGUUAUGUGAAGUCCAAUACAUGACUUAAAGUAAGUGUUCUAGCUUCAUACUGUCUUGGAUAAAGAUGCAGCUCUGUUAUCAUCGCAGAGCAAAGAAAUGACUCCCAACAGGAUUUCCUCCCAAACUACCUUUUAUUAUCUUUGCCCGGAUGUUUGCAUUUCAUUUAACCAUGGCAAAAGUUUCCACAAACUAAAGAACAAAAUAUAUGCAAAAACAAAUGUACAAAGCCAAAGCUGCAUUGGAAUUAUGUAAACCGUGUUAGUUUUUCUUAUUCUGUAUGGUCACAAACCACAGUCUCAUUGCAACAGAGCAGGUAAGACAGAGCUUCAGUAAGCUAGAGUGAUUCUCUCAAUAACAGUGAAUUUAAGGCAAGGAUGGUAUAGAGGUAGACCGUUAUUUUCCUAUUAAUCAGUGCCAAUAGUUGCUUUGGAACUAUCGGUUCUAGGCAAAAAUCUAUGUUGAUAGUUAUUCAAAAAGUAUUCCUCAUCUAGUGCAAUAUAUCAAUAAAACACUUUAUCUGGGGAUAUAUAGGCUAUUAAUUGCUUAAUUUGGAAAAUACUUGCAUGUAGAUCACUGUGAUGGAGCCCAGUGUCUGUCAUCUCUCAACAAUAGUCCCAGUGUAUAUUGGGCUUGUUUAUAUUUAAAAGUCCCACAUUAUGCACCAAAUCUGAAUUUUUCUGGUUAUUAUUGGGAUUAUUUAGCAUCAAUGUCUGCGCCCUUCAUAGUAAGGAAAUGCUAAGAAUUGUUUUAUCAUUUUAUAAAUGAUUUUUUUUUAACUAUAGGUCGAUUAAUCGGUUAUCUGCCUUUUCCAUCACCUUAGUUAUCGGAAAACCACCCUAUCGGUGGACCUCUAGUAUGGUAACAAGAAAUUUACUUUGUUUUUAGUUGUCUAUAUAUAUUGAGCCCUGUGUUAUUAAAAUGCCUCUAAUGUGUGCUGAAUAAACAUCUUUUCAGAGUGAUGUAAACUUAAUUCAACACAGACACAAUAUAUGCUAACUAAUACAGUCAAAUCAGUUUGUUCAUGAAUUGAUAUAGUGAUUUGAAUACUUUAGUACUCUUAAUAUAAUGGCAUUCUCUGUUACAUAUUCUCUGUAUGCUACAACUUAACUAAACAGUCCCACAUAUAGUAGUCAUCACAGCUAAGAAUAUUAAAAACUCUCUCUCUCACUGACAAUCCUUGGAAAAAGAUCAGAAAAGGCUAUUAAUGUGAUGGAUUUGCUCCAAUCAUGGUUUAGAAACUAGAUUCAUAAACAUACCUCCAUCCAUAUUAUUGACCAUAAUUAAGAAAUAGAUUUGAUUCCCUAGAUCAAUCUUUAGUCUGUCAUGUCACAUAGCAGCACAUCGUACUCUUAUCUAUGAUAAGCCUCCACUAGAUAUCCAAGGACAGUACAAUUUGUGCCUAAUUAAUUAUUAAAUAAUGACCGCAUGAUCUAAUCAGACCUUUUGAAUGUUAAAUCUGAUAAAUCUUCCUUCUGUAGCACUUAAAAACUUUCAGGUUCAUUCUGAAAAUCAAACAUUAAAUUCAGAAAAACAAGACCUCCAUCAUGAUACACUGCCUGGCCAAAAAAAAAAAAGUCACCAUUUGGAUUUAAGGCAGUGUUAUGAUCUGGGGUUGCUUCAAUUGGCCAGGUCGAGGAUCAGCAAUGUUAUGUGGAAAUAAAAUGAAGUCAGCUGACUACCUGAAUGUACUGAAUGGCCAGGUUAUCCCAUCAAUGGAUUUUUUUCUUCCCUGAUGGCACGGGCAUAUUCCAGAAUGACAAUGCCAAGAUGCAUGGGGCUCAAAUUGUGAAAGAUUGGUUGAGGGAGCAUGAGGAAUCAUUUUCACACAUGAUUUGGCCACUACAGAGUCCUGACCGUAACCCCAUUGAAAGUCUCUGGGAUGUGCUGGAGAAGACUUUUCGGAGUGGUUCGACUCUCCUGUCUUCAAUACAAAAUCUCUGCCAAAAAUGAAUGCAACACUGGGUGGAAAUGUGACGUUGUAAAAGGUUUUCGAAACAUUGCCACAACCAAUGCGUGCCGUAAUCAAAGCUAAAGGCGGUCGAACAAUAUUAGAGUGUUCAAAUAGUUUUUUGGCCAGGCAGUGUAUGCUUGAGCUAUAUUAACAUUAUUUUGAUAUAAUUUAAUUCUUUGGCUCUAAAAAGCCCUUUCAGAUGCCACACAUGAACUGCAGUGCCUUGAUUUACCAUUGACGUUUCGAAGCACAGUAAAUAAAUCUGUGUACAUAUCAAAACAACACUCAUGCCAUGUGAAUCUACCAGCAUUGGGCAAGAUACUUAAAGUAAUCCAUAACAAAUUACUUGUAAAUUCAGCCUUGUGUGACACUAUCUGCAAUGCUGUUCACGUGGAAGUCAAAGCGAGACUUCGAGAUGUGAAAGGGACUAAGUUUUAUAUCGUUUAUUUGUUCUCUACCAUCCAGGAAUAGGUUUAUAAAGGAAAUUUGAGUGUGUCUUUCGAUUUUAGGCAAAAUUAAAACCUCUAAUCUGACCUACGUGUCGGUGGGACUGAGACCAUACCCAGAUUAUCCAGUGUUGAGGAGCAAUGAGUGAUGGGAUGCACUGAGCUCCUCCUCUUGAGAGGUAGUAAUGAAUUAGUCUUUCUCUGGUUAGUUCAGGUGUGAAGGCCCAUUAGUUUGAAUGUGGCUGCAGUUAUCUUCUCAUACACGACGAACAUGAGCGCUGCCGUCAACACUGUCUGGAGCAGCUUCGCCUCUAGACCUUUAUACAGGCCCAACAAUCCAUGUCUCCUAUGACAGAGUAGACAAAAUUGAUUAUUGAUUGUGAUUUUACAUUAGUACACAGUUGAGAUUUCAGGACUAUAGCGCACAAGCUGGAUAGACUACUUUUUGAAGCUUGAAAGGACGAGUGUUGCUUAAACAUUCUGCCUAACAUCUCCUUUUGUGUUCCACAGAAGAAGAAAAAGACAAAGCUUUGGAAUUGGGGUGGGUAAAAAUAUUCAGAUUUUCCGAUGUAAUGUUCUUUUGAAUGAUGUCAAUAUCGAUUCUUAAAUCCCAAGAUUGAUCAUUUACUCUAUGUGCAACCCACUACAACAAUGAGAGGAAAUCGCUUGCAUUUGCAACCAACACUAUAAAACUAAAAAUGUAUAUAUUUGGUAACUGGCUGGUAAAUGUUCAGAUUUCACUCAUUAGUGAUUUUGUAUAGUGAUGAAGAAGUUAUAUGGGGUUACUGUGUGUUGAAGAGUAAAAGUUGUUCUGUAUAAUUUGUGUCCAAAGACGAGAUCCACGUGACCCAAUUGUCAUUCAAUUAUGUCUCGUUUAAUACAGUUUCUGUUCUUUACAUUAAAAAAAAAUAAACAUUUAAUUCUAAUCUUGCAUAGCAUGGAUGAGAUAAAGCUUGUUAGUGCAUGAUACCUAAUGUUAACAAAUAUAAUAGUUGAUCAGCACAAAACCACCCAAACAGAGCACAGAAGUUAGGAAAUAGUAAACAUUUGA